AUGGCAGAGAAUAGCGGACAUGCUGUGACUUCCCGACCUAACUCGGCGGACGGAAUCGCCCAGAACAAUCAAGUAGACGAGACUACCGCCCUCUUGGGUUCAAACACUCAAACCAACUUAUCCGAUGGCGAAAGCAUUGACGAAGAUGAUGAUGAGGGAAAGCCAUUGCCCAAGGUCCAAAUCCUGCUACUCUGCUACGCCCGAAUCAUAGAGCCGCUGGCCUUUUUCUCUAUUUUCCCCUACGUCAACCAAAUGAUUCAAAGCAACGGUGGUGUUGCAGACACAGACGUAGGCUUCUACAGCGGUCUUAUUGAGUCAUUGUUCUCUCUCACGCAAGCCAUUGUAAUGAUAUUCUGGGGUCGAGCAGCUGAUCGCUUCGGGCGGAAGCCAGUCCUAGUCUUCUCCUUGUUCGGCGUGGCCCUGGCUACAGGUCUCUUUGGCACGGCAAAGACCAUUCCCCAAAUGGCCUUGUUCAGAUGUAUUGCCGGUGUCUUUGCUGGCACCAUUGUCACUAUCCGUACCAUGAUCGCCGAGCACAGCUCACCAAAGACCCAGGCCCAAGCUUUCAGCUGGUUCGCCUUCAGUGGAAACUUGGGUAUCUUCCUUGGGCCUCUGCUGGGUGGCGCCCUCGCCGAUCCUGGACGUCAAUACCCUGGUAUCUUUGGAUCCGUCCGAUUCUUCCAAAACUACCCCUACGCGCUUUCCAGCUUGGUAGUGGCACUAGUGGGAUUAACGGCUGCCAUUUCUAGUGCCUUCUUUAUUGAAGAGACAUUACAGAAAGACCCAGAUACUACGGACGGCGAGGAGGAGACAGCAUCCGACGUGCCAGUGCACAGAGCCGAAUUGUCUACCUGGGAGCUUUUGAAAUCCCCGGGCGUGGGCAUGGUCAUCUAUACCUAUGGCCACAUCAUGGUCCUCGCAUUUGCAUAUACCGCCGUUAUCCCCGUCUUCUGGUUUACGCCCGCGAGGCUAGGAGGCUACGGCUUCACGCCACUUCAAAUCUCGCUGAUGAUGGGUUUGAGCGGCGCCGCCCAAGCUGCCUGGCUCCUCCUCGUGUUCCCACCGCUCCAGCGAAAGAUCGGCACGAACGGGGUCAUCCGUCUCUGUGCCACAGCGUAUCCGUUCUUCUUCCUGUGCAUUCCAUUUGGCAAUGUCCUCCUGAGGAUGGGGACCGAGGCGUCUGUCAAGGUCUUCUGGGUCUUUGUGCCGCUAGUGCUAGUCAUCGGCUGCGGAGUCAGCAUGAGUUUCACGGCAAUCCAACUCGCUGUCAACGAUAGUGCACCCUCACCAAAGAUCUUGGGUACGAUCAACGCCCUCGCCUUGACUAACGUCAGCGCCCUCAGGGCCUUUUGUCCUGCUCUCUUUACCUCUCUCUUUGCUCUGGGUGCGAGAACCCAAGCCGUGGGAGGUUAUGCCAUCUGGAUCCUGAUGAUCAUGGUUGCUGGUGGACUCACCGUGGUAUCGAGAUACCUCCCAGAGCCCCAGAAGAACCGCAAGCGCCGCAAUCUAUAA